CAGAUUCCACCCUUCUGGUGCAUCUCUAGGUGUUCCCAUAGUUGUUUCAUUAAAUCAUUUUAAUAUUCUGCUGUCUAAAAGUUCUAUUUUAGUCUAUAUGAAUGUUUAGCAGGACUUUGAGAAAUACUGAUGCUACUUACCUCUGAAUUGUACCAAGAUAGCAAAUUCCACAGCUGUAGUCUCAUAAGCUGGUCUGGCAGUGAACACAGUAUAUAAGGCCAGCAGCUCUCUCUAUUCUGCAGUAUAAUUCUGAAGGCUAUUUUAACAGCAGCAGCAGAAAUCAUUAUCACGUUUUGAGAGAAAAAUGAGCCGAAGCCCAGAAAGGAUUUCUUCUUACCGUCGUCAUUUUGAGGACAGCAGCAGUUCUAUAAUGCACAUGAGGAUGUCUAGUCCUUCACCAACCCGGGUGAGAGUGAUCCGGCCACGGUCUUCCAGCUUUGGUCGGACUGCCACCAGUGCAGUGAAGACAGUGAGGGGCACUGCAACCCUGGGCAGGAGAACUGUUUCUGCUAGUCGCCGGCCCCAGCUAACCAGCAGCACAGGGGUGAUUUGCUUGGGCACUGCCAUUGGACCAGUUCUGGAUAUUGAGGCAGCUAGCGCUGCAAACCAGGAAUUCCUGAGCACCAGGACUACAGAGAGACAGGAGAUGGUCACUUUAAAUGAUAGGCUGGCCAACUAUAUUGAAAAGGUAAGGAAUCUGGAACAACAGAAUAAAGUUCUUGAAACUGAGAUCGAAGCUCUUCGGGGUCGAUAUUGCAAACCUUCUGGACUGAAAGCUCUGUAUGAGGAGCAGCUCAGGGAGCUCAGAAGGAUGGCUGAGCAGGUCAAAAUCCAAAGGGACCUAGCAGUGUCAGCUAAAGAUGCUAUGGCAGAACAGCUGGAAGCUAUGAAAAAGACAUAUGAGGAAGCAGUGGAAGGGAGGAAGAAGGCCGAGAAAGAUCUUGAAGCUUUCCGACCAGAUGUGGAUGCUGCAACAGCUGCACGAAUUGCAUUGGAGAAACACCUUGAGAAUCUAGAAGCUGAAAUGGAAUUCUUGCAAAGAAUACAAAAGGAGGAAAUCGAAGAUCUCAUGAAACAAAUUUACAGUGCUGCUGUCUCUACGGAAAUGGCCUUUUCUAUCCCUGAUUUUGCUGCUUCUUUAAAAGACAUACAGUUAGAGUAUGAGAACAUUGCUGCCAAGAACCUACAGGAAAUGGAUGAAUGGUACAAAACAAAAUUUGUUGAUUUAAGCCAAGUUUCCACAAAGCACGCAGAGAAUGUGCGACAUGUAAGGGAAGAGAUCACAGAUUGCAAAAGAAAUAUUCAAGCGAAGGAAAUGGAACUUGAAGCACUUAGAAACAGAAAUGCAACCUUACUCGCUCAGAUCAGUGAAAUGAAAGAGAAAUACCAAAGAGAACUUGAAGAAUUGCAGAAUAGAAUAAGAAAAUUGCAAGAAGAACUAAAAGCUACCAAAGAGAAAAUUGCUCAUCAUCUCAGAGAAUAUCAGGAUCUUCUAAAUGUUAAGAUGGCACUGGACAUUGAAAUUGCAACUUAUAGGAAACUUAUUGAAGGAGAAGACUCUCGUCUGUCCAGUAUGGUCACUGGAGUGUGCCUCAUGCGAGGUACCAGCAGCCUACUAGGACAGAAGAUCAGUGCCAUUGAAAGCAUUUCCAAAGAGCAAGCAGUGGAGACUACUGAACGCAAAACCGUUGUCAUACGUUCAGUUAAAACAGGAGAGGGGAAAGUGGAAGAAGAGACACAGGAAAGAACCAUAACAAUCAGUGGGGCUGCAGAUGACACCGAUGAAUAAUUCACCAAGAAGAGUUACCAGGCCUCAAGAUGGCAGCACUGAGUACACAGAAAUAGUAUGCUCCGAUACACCUAACGUCUGAAUCCUACACAAAGCCAUAGAAAGCACUCGAUCUGUUAAAAAAGUGUCAUGGGAUACAUUUAAAAUCAUUUGUAUGAAGCAAUUUGUCAAUAAAAAGUAAGCAUGAAAUUAU